AUGGCUCCGUCAUGGUUCACUGGCGCGGUUCUCAGUGCGCUUCUGCUGGCAGCCUCUGGAAAUGCCGCUGUCGCAGGACAAAAGUUCUCUUCCUUCUCCAAAGCAGGAACGCCAUUGUUCAACAGCGAGACGGUCCAAUUGACAGAAAAAGUAUUUACGAAUCUCAACUCAAACCACGCAACUCUGUUUAAGUUUGGCAGCAAUGGCACCGACCACCAGCCGCGGUCAUUGUUCACAGGGUGCAAAGUGUUUCCGGGAGAUCUGUCUUGGCCGUUGCCGAUUGUAUGGUCAAUCUUCGACGACCUGCUGGGCGGUGCUCUUAUUAGAACAGUACCCCUGGCCGCAUCUUGUUACUCGUCACGGCCUGAGUAUAACCAGCACAAAUGCGAGUCCAUCAGCUCACAAUGGACCGACUCCCAUAUCCAUGCUGCCGAUCCGGCCUCGGUGAUGUGGCCGUUGUUCGAGGGCAGAUCCUGUCUGCCAACGACGAAUCCCUCCGAGUCCUGCUCCCUGGGUGGCUAUAGCAGCUACACUGUGAAUGUGAGCAACGUCGCCCAGAUCCAGCUGGCGGUCAACUUUGCUCGUAACGCUGGGAUUCGUCUGGUGGUUAAGAAUACCGGCCACGACUUCAAUGGCAAGUCGACCGGUGCUGGUGCUUUGGGUAUUUGGACCCACAACCUGAAGGACAUCGAGUACUAUGAGAACUUCCGCAUUUCUGGUUACCACGGCCCGGCUGUCAAAAUGGGUGCCGGUGUGCAGGCUUAUGAGAUCUAUGAGAAGGGCAAGGAACUGGGUUUCACCGCUGUCGGUGGCGAGGGCAAGACCGUCGGUGUGGCUGGUGGUUAUGUUCUUGGUGGCGGCCAUUCGCCCAUGUCCAGCAUCUACGGACUGGCUGCUGACCAGGUCCUGGCCCUGGAGGUGGUCCUGGCCAACGGCCGGUUUGUCACGGUGACUGAGAAGAGCGACCCGGGCCUGUUCUGGGCGCUGCGUGGUGGCGGCGGCGGAACCUACGGCGUCGUGACCUCGGUCAUCUCCCGCGUCCACCCCAAGGUCGGCGUAACCGUCUCGACCUUCAACUUCUCGACCAGCAAGAACAUCUCGACAGAAACCUUCUGGGCCGGCAUGCGUUCGUACCUAAACCGAUUCCCCGCGCACGCCGACGCCGGCACAUACGCAUACUUCUGGGUGAUGUCGACCGGCAAGAACUCGUUCACGUUCCUCAUGAACCCCUUCUUCGCCGUCAACCACACCGUUUCCGAGUUCAACACCCUCAUGAAGCCAUGGUUCCACGACCUAAAAGCACUGGGCAUCCCAUUCAAGCCGAAUUCAACCUACUACAACAACUUCCACGACGCCUGGGCCGCAGGCUUCCCGCUGGAGACGGUAGCCUCGUCCGUGAUGAUGACAGGCUCGCGGCUGUUCCCGCGCGCGAACUGGGAGAACGCCACCAAGCUGAACGCAACCUUCGAUGCGCUGCGUGCCACCAUCUCCGCGGGCUACCCGCUGCUCGCUUUCAACAUGAAAGCCGAGCUGCCGAAGGGCUACUUGCCCAACUCGGCGAACCCGGCUUUCCGUCAGACGCUCAUGCACGCCAUCACCUCGACCAGCUGGGCCAACGGCACCUCCGACGCUGAUAUCAAGUCCAAGAUGGAGCAUUUCACCAACGACAUUCUGGGCAAGUGGCGUACUACUUGUCCUGAUGCUGGUGCGUACAUGUCCGAGUCGGAUAUCAGUGAGCCGCAUUUCCAGCAGGCGUUCUAUGGCUCGAAUUAUGCGCGGCUUUACCGUCUGAAGCAGCGCUAUGAUCCGACGUCUCUUUUCUAUGCUCCGACGGGUGUUGGGAGUGAGGACUGGGCUGUGAAGAGCGUAGAUGGACUCCCGGAUCAGAACGGCCGGUUGUGUCGUGUGUAG